AUGAUAUUAUUGGUUUCUGCUUUAGAGUUUAUGACCGGCGGGCGUACAGUCAAAGCGCCAUCAAAAUAUUCGAACACUUUAUAUCCAGACACCUCGCCCUUGAUAUUACUGGGAGUAGAUAUGGCGAAACGGAUCAUAAUGCCUUCUCCAAAGAACAACUGUCUCCGGUUUGUGAUAUGUAGUUUCGCUGAUCUUUUGGUGUGUGUGCAAAAGAUUGUGCGAUGGGAUUCCUCGCGAAACAGAAUUAAUCGAGAUUGCCCUAUUUUCCGAGAGAAACAGAGACAAUAUUCCCAAAGACAUAUCCACCGAAAAGAGACAUACAUCAUGAUAUGUUGGAACGAGUCGGAAAUCAUACUUGAUAGAAAGUCUAAGUUCCAAGGCAGAUGCUGUGCGAUAAGGGAUCAAGAGGAAAUACCAUCGUUGCUACAGCAACUAGUAGACCAAAAUAAGGCCGUUUCGAAGGCCUCACAUAAACAUAUGUACGCUUGGCGAACGGGAGACGUAUCGAUUCAAGACAAGAAGUCUACCAAGAAGAAGAAGAACGAGCCGAAGCAAACUGACAAAGUGGCUAAUCUUCAGCAAGGAUUCAGCGAUUGUGGUGAAGCCGGGGCAGGACAGCGAUUGUUGACGCUACUCGAACGCGCUAAUGUGAUCAACGUACUUGUAAUCGUUACACGCUGGUAUGGCGGCACUCCUUUAGGAUCUAGUAGGUUUCGGCACAUAUCUACAGCAGCAGUGAAAAGUCUUAAAUUAGGUCAUUUCUUGCCAUGA